AUUCAAACGUCUUACACAGAAAGUCUGAAAGAUGUCCGGCAGAGGCAAAGGAGGCAAAGGUCUUGGAAAAGGAGGCGCAAAGCGCCAUCGCAAAGUUCUUCGUGAUAAUAUCCAGGGUAUCACCAAGCCUGCAAUUAGGCGUCUGGCUCGACGUGGUGGUGUGAAGCGUAUCUCUGGUCUCAUCUAUGAGGAGACCCGUGGUGUGUUGAAGGUUUUCCUGGAGAACGUGAUUCGUGAUGCCGUUACCUACACCGAGCACGCCAAGAGAAAGACCGUGACCGCUAUGGACGUCGUAUAUGCUCUUAAACGCCAAGGGCGUACUCUUUACGGUUUUGGUGGUUAAGGAUAAGAUGGCUCUCUAGACUUACCGGUAUACCCAAAGGCUCUUUUAAGAGCCACCCAAUUUCUUAUAAAAGGCUGUGUUUCUGUCUGUAGAGGGUGACGUAUAUUAUAACGCGCAAAAUAAACAGCUUCUGUGCUUGCCUGAUGGCAAUAUCUUAUGUUAUAUGAUUGGGAGGACUGGCAUUGCGGUCAUAUGAGACGCUUAACAUGCAUAGUCAACGUCCUAUGGCAACAAAGAGUGAGCCAUGUCUUCAUAUAAUAGUUUGUAGCUUCAUUUAACAACCAACAAGCCCCAGAUCACAACCUCUCACAUGGUGUGAUGCCUUGAUGCGCUACAGAAUGGC